GGGAGGUCCGCUGUGCUGGGUGCGCAGCCCCAGUGCUCUGUGGGAUACUGGAAGUCUCGAGCGUCUCCUCCCCGGCUCGCAGCCCCGCUCGGGCCCGCGCUCGCACACACGGCCGCACACCCCCCGCGUCUCCUCGCCUCCGUCGCCGCCGCCCCUUUCCUCCGCUCGCGAUAAGAAGAGCCGGCGGCAGGAGAGGGGAUGAAGAUGGCGGACGCGAAGCAGAAGCGGAACGAGCAGCUGAAGCGCUGGAUCGGCUCGGAGACGGACCUCGAGCCUCCAGUGGUGAAGCGCCAGAAGACCAAGGUGAAGUUCGACGAUGGCGCCGUAUUCCUGGCCGCCUGCUCGAGCGGCGACACCGACGAGGUCCUCAAGCUGCUGCACCGCGGCGCCGACAUCAAUUACGCCAAUGUGGACGGACUCACCGCCCUGCACCAGGCUUGCAUUGAUGACAAUGUUGAUAUGGUGAAGUUUCUGGUAGAAAAUGGAGCAAAUAUUAAUCAACCUGAUAAUGAAGGCUGGAUACCACUACAUGCAGCUGCUUCCUGUGGAUAUCUUGAUAUUGCAGAGUUUUUGAUUGGUCAAGGAGCACAUGUAGGAGCUGUUAAUAGUGAAGGAGACACACCUUUGGAUAUUGCAGAGGAGGAGGCCAUGGAAGAGCUACUUCAAAAUGAAGUUAAUCGUCAAGGAGUUGAUAUAGAAGCAGCUCGAAAGGAAGAAGAACGGAUAAUGCUUAGAGAUGCAAGGCAGUGGUUAAAUAGUGGGCACAUCAGUGACAUUCGGCAUGCAAAAUCUGGAGGCACAGCUCUUCAUGUUGCAGCUGCCAAAGGGUAUACGGAAGUUUUAAAACUUUUAAUACAGGCAGGCUAUGAUGUUAAUAUUAAAGAUUAUGAUGGCUGGACACCUCUUCAUGCUGCAGCUCAUUGGGGUAAAGAAGAAGCAUGUCGAAUUUUAGUGGACAAUCUGUGUGAUAUGGAGAUGGUUAACAAAGUGGGCCAAACAGCCUUUGAUGUAGCAGAUGAAGACAUUUUAGGAUAUCUAGAAGAGUUGCAAAAAAAACAAAAUCUGCUCCAUAGUGAAAAACGGGAUAAAAAAUCUCCACUAAUUGAGUCAACAGCAAAUAUGGAAAAUAAUCAGUCACAGAAGACCUUUAAAAACAAAGAAACGUUGAUCAUUGAGCCAGAGAAAAAUGCAUCUCGUAUUGAAUCUCUGGAACAAGAAAAGGUUGAUGAAGAAGAAGAAGGGAAGAAAGAUGAGUCAAGCUGCUCUAGUGAAGAAGAUGAAGAGGAUGACUCAGAAUCGGAAGCUGAAACAGAUAAGACAAAACCCGUCACCUCUGUAGCUAAUACCCACACUUCCACCACACAAGCAGCUCCUGUAGCUGUCACAACACCUACUCUGUCUUUGAGUCAAGGGACACCCACAUCACCUAUUAAAAAGUUUCCAACCUCAACUACAAAAAUUUCUCCCAAAGAAGAAGAAAGAAAAGAUGAGUCUCCUGCAUCUUGGAGGCUUGGACUUAGAAAGACGGGCAGUUAUGGUGCACUUGCUGAAAUCACAGCUGCUAAAGAGGCCCAGAAAGAAAAAGACACUGCGGGUGUUAUACGCUCAGCUUCAAGUCCAAGGCUUUCUUCUUCCUUGGAUAAUAGAGAAAAGGAAAAAGAUAGUAAAGGAACAAGACUUGCCUAUGUUGCACCUACAAUACCGAGACGACUUGCCAGUACAUCUGACAUUGAAGAGAAAGAAAACAGAGACUCUUCAAGUUUGCGGACAAGUAGUUCUUACACAAGAAGAAAAUGGGAAGAUGAUCUUAAAAAAAAUAGCUCCAUUAAUGAAGGAUCCAGUUAUCAUAAAAGUUCCUCCUUUGGUAGAAGACAAGAUGAUUUGAUUAGUUCUAGUGUUCCAAGCACCACAUCAACACCAACAGUUACCUCUGCAACUGGGCUUCAGAAAAGCCUACUUUCCAGCACAAGCACUACUACAAAGAUUACAACGGGUUCUUCCUCAGCAGGCACACAGAGCAGUACCUCAAAUCGUUUGUGGGCUGAGGAUAGUACUGCAAAAGACAAGGACAGUGCUACUACCGCAGUGACCAUUCCUGUUGCUCCAACUGUUGUAAAUGACGCAGCUUCUACUACAACCCUGACUACAACUACUGCUGGCACUGUUUCCUCUACAUCAGAGGUCAGGGAGAGACGCAGAUCAUACCUCACUCCUGUUAGGGAUGAAGAAUCUGAAUCUCAAAGAAAAGCAAGAUCUAGACAAGCAAGGCAGUCUAGAAGGUCAACACAGGGAGUGACACUGACUGAUCUUCAGGAAGCUGAAAAAACUAUAGGAAGAAGUCGCUCUACCAGAACCAGAGAACAAGAAAAUGAAGAAAAAGAAAAAGAGGAAAAAGAGAAACAGGAUAAAGAAAAACAGGAAGAAAAGAAGGAGUUGGAAACAUCUAGAGAUGAUGAAUAUAAACAAAAGUACUCCAGAACAUAUGAUGAGACAUAUGCACGUUACAGACCAGUAUCAACAUCAAGCUCAACCACAACAUCCUCUUCACUUUCUACUAUAAGCAGUUCACUCUAUGCUUCAAGUCAGCUAAACAGGCCAAAUAGUCUUGUAGGUAUAACUUCUGCCUAUUCCCGAGGAUUAACAAAGGAAAAUGAACGAGAGGGAGAAAAAAAAGAAGAGGAGAAAGAAGGUGAAGAUAAGUCACAGCCUAAGUCAAUCAGAGAACGACGGCGACCAAGAGAAAAAAGAAGAUCUACAGGAGUUUCUUUUUGGACACAAGAUAGUGAUGAAAAUGAACAAGAACAACAAUCAGAUACAGAAGAGGGUGCCAAUAAAAAAGAAACUCAGACUGAUUCCAUUUCUAGAUAUGAUAGCAGCUCUACAUCAUCCAGUGAUCGGUAUGAUUCCUUGCUGGGUCGCUCUGGAUCAUAUAGUUACUUAGAAGAAAGAAAACCUUACAGUAGCAGGCUAGAAAAGGACGACUCAACUGACUUCAAAAAGCUUUAUGAACAAAUUCUAGCUGAAAAUGAAAAGCUAAAGGCACAGCUUCACGAUACAAAUAUGGAACUAACAGACCUUAAAUUGCAGUUGGAAAAGGCUACCCAGAGACAAGAAAGAUUUGCUGAUAGGUCACUGUUGGAAAUGGAAAAAAGGGUGACCGGCAGGAGUCAGUAUCUUCUGGGCGGAACGAAGAGCACUAGAAAGAAGAAUAUCUGAAAUGGAAGAAGAACUCAAAAUGUUACCAGACUUAAAAGCAGACAACCAGAGGCUAAAGGAUGAAAAUGGAGCCUUGAUCAGAGUUAUAAGCAAACUUUCUAAGUAAGAAGGAAAAAAAAAACAGCAGGAAUUGCACAUACUAGUAUCCCAGUGGACCAUAAUUGGCAGUCACUGGAAGCCUGGAGAGAAUCCUUGGAGACUGUCAUUUUCGGAUAUCCUGCCAAAUGCCCUCUUAUCUAGGAUUUUCGUUUUGUUUAAUUUUCUGGGUUCCCUCCCCCACUUUCGUUAUCAAGACCAUUGUUUCAUGUUAAUGCAGCUGCUGAGAAUUUUUUUUUUUUUAAUGACUGAGAAAACUUGUUUACAGCUCCAGCAAAUAAGGAAAGUGUUCAAGGCCAGAUAUGCCUCAGAUAUUUAACCAGUAAGCCUUAGCUGUACAUAAAUAUUUUGUGUCAACAAAAACUUCAGCUUUCACAAAAGAUAGUUAUUCAACAGUUUUUGAUGUGCCACAGUUUCUAGUUUCUCAAUUUUAAUUUUUUUUUCUUUACAUCUUAAGUUUGUGUUUGUGUUUUUUCCUUCUAACUCUUCAUGUGGCAGAGUCUUCUAUGUAUUCACAAUCUUCUCAUUUACAGAAAAGAAAACUUGUUCUUCUGAGCUUGUUGUCACGUAUUAGGCUGAUAUACUUACUGUCUCCCACCUGGAACUGAAUUGCUCGGUAGAACGUUUGCUUUCACUGUUUGUGCAAUAUGCAUUUCUUAUAUGAAUGCUUUAAAGUCCAUUGAGAUUUGAUCUUGUAAGUCCUAUUUUCUGCCUUCAUUGGUCACUUUUUUGUUUUCUAUUGUAGUAUAAGAUGUUAGAUUCUGUAAUCUUCACAUUCAUUUUAGCAGGUACUGAGUGAUGCUGUAUAUAUAAAUAACUGUACUGUUUUGAUUUUUAGACCACCACAUGGCAUGUUUGACUAUUUUCUUAUUUCAAAUGUCUGUUAAUGCAAAGUAGGCUACUCCAUAAUGAUGUUAUAAACAAAAACCGCUAACAAUGUGAUAUAGACUUUAAAAGUUACACAUUAUAUGGAGCCCUAUCUUUACAAAUUUUUCUACUGUAAAGUGCUUUUACUUUUGUUUUCAUUUGGUAGUAUUCAUCCAUAAAGUUGCAUAAGAUAAUUGCUUCACAUUUCACAUACCUAUAUUUAUCUGAGUGCUGUCUAAAAUUUGUGCUAGCCAAAGUAGUGCUAUGAAAUCAUUUGCAGACUUAAUCUGUGAGUAAAUGUUAAGUGCACUGUUAUUGCCAUGUGAAGAGGCAUCAAUUUUGAUUACCACCAUCACGUUUCAGACCAUUUUAUACAUUUCAGUGGCCUUUUUUAAAGGAAAUAAAAAGCAAAAGAACGUCCAUAAUAAAGAUGGCUCUUAUUUGGACAAAAAGCUUUUAUAUUUUCAUUAAACCAUGCAAAAAAAAUUAUAUCUUCCUGGCACAUAACUGUCUCCUUAACCACUGAACAGUUCAGCCAUUUGAAUAAAUUGUACAUUGUAAAGCUUAUAGUAGUUGAUUGUAUUGAGUGUGUUGUAUACUAUAUUAAAUGUGAAUUUGUACCCCUGCAUUUUAAAAGGUCAUUGUGUUCUACUGCCUAUUUUAGAUUACUGUGGGGCUGGGGAAGGGUGUUUUGGUAAGUAGGAUUUUCAGCCCUCUUUCUCUUGAUUGGUUUUAUGAAGAUACAAGGUUAUGCUCUUACUACCAAGCUCAGGAUUCUUGAUUUUAAAGGUACAAGGAUAGGUGUGAGGAUUUUAUUUUUGGUUAUAUUUGAGCUGUAUGAAUGGUGGGUCUGAAUAUAGAGAAUUUCAUGGUCUAAUGUGGAGGUAAAAUACACAGACAACUGAUUAGAGUGACUGCAACAUGUUCUGGUUGCACAGCAGUUAGGCAUGUUAUGGUUUGUGUUUGUGAAGUUUGGAUGCCUGUGAAGAAUGAUAAAUACAUGUUUCUAAUAUUUUAGUGUUUUGUAUUUAGGUUAUUUAUUCUUUGUAUCUAAAAUUGAACAGCUACUGUGCUAUAUUGACUUUAUUGGUAGUAUUGAGCAGACCUUGUUUCUGCAUGAAACUAGUUGCAAAACCCACUAUUUUGGAAAUAAAAAAUGUAUUUUGACAUAUACAAAUAAAAUAAAUAAAACUA